CGAUUUUUUUUUACAAAACUACAUCGAUUAAAAAUCGCGUUACGGUUUAACUUUUCCCUGGUGAAUUCUAAAUAUUACUUCGACAUUCUAAAAAAGGAACAAUCUUUAUGAAUCUGUAGGAAUAUUAUUCUAUAAUACAAUAAAAAUUAAAUGUGUAGUAAGCCAUUGUUCAGAAAUUUUCGUUGUGUUGGACGUAAUUGGGUAAAAAGACCUCUACCUGAACAUCUUUCUAAAUCUCCUGAUGUAAAUUUUGAAUUCACAGUAGCUUCUUACAAUGUUCUAGCAGAUUGCCUCUUGAAGGAGCAUUCUUAUCUAUACAGAAAUGCUCAAAGCAUUAACAGUCCUUGGCUUCUUGAUUGGAAUUAUCGAAAGCAUAAUUUAUUAAAAGAAAUUAUCUAUGCAGAUGCAGAUGUUCUUUGCUUGCAAGAGGUUGAAGAAGAACACUACUACAACUGGUUUUAUCCACGUCUCAAAGAUUUCGGGUAUGAUGGUAUAUACAAAAGGCGUUCAGGUGACAAACGUGAUGGUUGUGCCACCUUUUUUAAAUUGAAUCGUUUUUCUUUUCACAGUAUUGAAUUGCUUGAUUUUUAUCACCCAAAUAUUCCUCUAAUGGAUAGAAACAAUGUUGCCAUUCUUUUAUUUUUAACUCCUCGAUCUAAUCAUGGUAAGAAUAAAUCACCCAUAUGCAUUGGUAAUACUCAUUUACUGUUUAACAAAAAUCGGGGUGACAUAAAGCUUGCUCAGAUUAGCUAUAUUUUUGCUGAAAUUGAUCGUUUAAAAAAAUCUGCCAAGUUUGGUUCAUGUUUCCCUAUGGUUAUUUGUGGGGAUUUUAAUUCUUUACCAUUUAGUCCUCUCUACCAUUUUAUCACCAAAGGUCAGUUAUGUUACAAUAAUAUGAAUAAAGCUGCUUUAUCCGGUCAAAAUGAGUCCUCAUAUGGGUUUAAUACUAAUAAUAUUGUAAAAGAUCCCAUAUUUCCAGAUGCACUAAGACUUACCAGCAACUGUAAGUGGAAACAUGGCAUCAGCCUUAAUGAAUUCCAUUUAGGAGAGAAAAAUGUUGCUCCUAUAGUUGAUAAUCAUAUACAGAAUAAACAAACGAAGCCGUCAGGUGAAUUUUCAGGGGUUUUAUCACAUGACUUUUGUUUAAACAGUUGUUAUAUGCACUAUUUACCUGAUGGAGCUAAAGAAGUGACCACAAGCCACAAUCGUGCUUGUUCUACAGUCGAUUUUAUAUUUUAUUCUUCCAACUCAGAGACGAAGAACUCAAGUUCAUCAAAUAAUUCAGUUCAAAAAAACUUGUGUUUGUCGGGUGUAUUAAGUUUACUUUCAGAAUCUGAUUUAAAGUCAAUGGGACAGCUACCUAAUGGUUUUAUAUCAUCUGACCAUUUGAUGUUAUUGUCUUCAUUUAUUCUUCACUAACAAUUUUUAUAAUUUUUAUUGUUUUGAUUAUUUUUUAAUGUUAACACUGCUAUUAGAUUAUUAAAAUAUUUAGGUUUUAAGUUUUUUAAUAAAAAAUUAAAGAGGUUGUAAGUUUAAAAAAAAAAAAUAAAGUUUUCUUAUGCUUUUUUGUAAUUUUAUUUCAUGACUAAAUACAUUUUAGCUAUAAAAUAUA